UAAAUUUGAAACCCUUCCCUCACUCUCCAACACAGAAUCUUCCGCAGUCCCAAUCCUGUUUCUACACCAGGGGAGAUACACCAUUGGACUAGGGUUUUUGCACUUUCCAUUUACAUUAAAUUAACACACACCGCACGCACUGCCGUUGGGGGGUGUCUGCCUUUGCUUCUUUCCUCCCUCCUACGUACUUUGAACGGGGAGAAGAAACCUCCUCAAGCCUCCGCCGCCAGCCGCGAGGAGCCUAUUCGUCUGUAGUUUGUUGAGGAGAUGGGUGGUGCUGAGGAAAUAAUUGGGCAUGAGAAGCACGAGAACGGCGCGCCCUUUGAUCUCAAUGAUUUCACCGUAAUCAAAGAAGGGGAGGCUGAGAUUUUGAUGCACGCCAAAAACGAAGUCUUUUAUAACAAAACCCAGGUUAACAACAGGGACAUGUCUAUUGCUGUUUUGAGGACAUUUAUAUCAAAACGUCAACAAGAGCAUGAAGCGAUGCUGUCCAAGAAAUCAAGAGCUGGACCCAAGGUCUCAGGAGAACCUGUUGCCAAGCCAGAAGCUCUUACAGAUACCGUAAUGCAUGAUGAGAAAACUAAUGGGGCAUGUGAAGUCUCUCAAGAGAUAUGCCAAGGCGAAUCCUGCAGCAUCUCGGAAGAAACAACUGCAAAACAAGAGGGGAAAGGUCGGGGAGAACUGAAACCACCUGUCGUUUUGGAGGCACUUUCGGCUUCUGGACUCAGGGCUUUAAGAUAUGCUCGUGAAGUAGAUGGAAUUGAUAAAGUUGUGGCCCUGGACAAUGAUAAAGCAUCUGUUGAAGCUUGCAGGAGAAACAUUAAAUUUAAUGGUUCAGUAGCACGGUUGAAGGUGGAGUCGCACCUUGCUGACGCUAGAGUAUACAUGCUUACCCACCCAAAAGAAUUCGAUGUGGUUGAUCUUGAUCCUUAUGGUUCACCAUCUGUUUUCCUGGACUCUGCUGUUCAAUCAGUUGUUGAUGGAGGAAUGUUAAUGUGCACAGCAACUGAUAUGGCAGUACUUUGCGGGGGCAAUGGCGAGGUCUGCUAUUCCAAAUAUGGUUCUUAUCCUUUGAAAGGAAAAUAUUGUCAUGAGAUGGCGUUGAGGAUCCUUCUUGCAUGUAUUGAGAGCCAUGCAAACCGGUACAAGAGAUACAUUGUCCCUGUGCUAUCUGUUCAAAUGGAUUUCUAUGUACGAGUAUUUGUUCGUGUAUAUACUUCUGCGAGUGCAAUGAAAAACACACCUUUAAAGCUGUCAUAUGUUUAUCAGUGCACUGGCUGUGAUUCUUUUCAUCUUCAGCCAAUUGGAAGGACUGUGUCUAAGAACACCAGUGUAAGGUACCUUCCUGGAUUUGGUCCUGCUGUUGCCCAAGAGUGCACUGACUGUGGCAAAAAAUACAAUAUGGGUGGCCCCAUAUGGUCUGCUCCAAUCCAUGAUAUGGAAUGGGUAACUUCCAUUCUAUCAGAUGUGAAGUCUAUGAAGGAUCGAUAUCCUGCUUUUGAUAUGAUCUCUGCUGUUUUAACUACAAUUUCAGAGGAAUUACCAGAUAUUCCACUGUUUCUGAGUUUGCACAACCUCUGUGCAACACUAAAAUGCACCUCUCCUUCCGCAGUCAUAUUUCGGUCUGCUGUAAUUAAUGCUGGCUAUCGUAUAUCAGGAAGUCAUGUAAACCCCUUGGGUUUGAAAACAGAUGCUCCAAUGAAUGUGAUAUGGGAUAUAAUGCGCUGCUGGGUCAAAAGCCAUCCUGUGAAAGCUCAGCCACCUGAUCAGGCUGGAAGCGUAAUCCUCGCCAAGGAACCUGUUCUGCAGGCUAAUUUUGCACGAGCUGUGGCUUCGCUUAGCAAGGCACAGGCGAAAAAGGUUGCAAGAUUUCUUCCCAACCCAGAGCGGCACUGGGGGCCUAAGGUGAGGGCAGGUCGUCAGAUUACUAGUAAGCAUGUCUCCCUUUUGGGUGCAGAGGCAGUUAAAGGAGUAUGUAAGCACGAAGAAGGUGAAGAGCCGGCAAGCAAGCGUAAGAAGACAGAAGAACCUGUUACUCCUAAUUUAUGAUAAUAGGCCUCUGCCUUCUUGCAGAUGUUCACUGCCUUGGCCCAACUUGCUGGGAGUCUUUUCACAGACAGAUUAAUACUAAGUUUCAUCUGCUGCAUUUCCCUUGCAGAGAGAAGCAUAGUACACUGUGACUGAGCCAUGCACCGGUUUGGAGAAAUCAAUAUCUAUACAACUAUCGCGGCAUGAAUUAGAGUAUUUACGUACUCGAUGGCAAUUCCAUGAAUUACAAGAGCAACCUCAAUUUUGUUUUGCUUUGAUUUGUGUUUUUGUUUUCUCUUUCAUUUGCUCUAUGACUCUGGUCUGCAAUCAGACUUUUGUACUAGGACUUUUGUUUUUUAACAUCUUGCAUUCAUUUACAAGAAAAUAAUAUGAAAAGAAAAACAUAAUUCGGUGCUC